CGGCUAACGACAACACCUGUUUAGAGCGUAGUGGCGGUCAGAGCUGGUGACCAUGGCCGAAGUUGUGGCUGUUUCUCAGGAGACUUUAACAAGUAGCUUGAGUCUGUUGGUCAAUUUGGGUAAAGUUUUACUCCAGAAUGCGAAACAGGAAGCAGCAGCCUCCUUGGAGACUUUUGUACCUCACAAGAUCACCACUUUAUUUGGCCUGAUGGCAGCCAGCGAAGGCUUCUACAGGAGCAUUGGAGUGAAAACCAAGAGUGAAGCAGAGUCUGUUUGGCAGAAAUCCUAUCACCAUGCAGAUGUGAGGGAGCAGGUAGAGGAGCUUCUGAAGCUUGAGACUGAGUGGGACUCCUUCCUGGAGAGUGUGGACAAGGGUCUUCAGACAGCAGAUGAGCAGCUGUCAGGAGGAAAACCAGCAGACAGCCUGAGUCCUGACUGUCAGUUCACCGAUGCACGGAGCGGCAAGGGCGUAACUCUUGGUCAGUUCCUGGGUCAGGGUCAGAAACUGCUGCUGGUUCUAAUUAGACACUUUGGAUGACUGCCGUGACGAGACCACGUGGCCGAGCUGGAGGCCAGUCGGAAGCUCCAGGAGGCUCGGUCCAUGCAGGUCUUAGUGGUUUCCUUUGGCAGUGUGGAAGGAGCUCAACUGUGGCUGCAACAGACCGGGUGCACCUUCCAGAUGCUGCUGGACCCUCAGAGAAAGAUCUACAGGAGUUUUGGCCUCGGCUCUUCUUACCUGAAGGUGAUGAAGUUCGGCUGCCUGCUGCAGUACUCGGAGUUCAGAAUUGCAGACAGAGACUUCCCUGAUUUCCCCUCUCGUCUGCUGGAAGACCUCUACCAGUUGGGAGGUGACUUUUUAUUGGACGACACGGGGAAGGUGCUUCUUUCUCAUCCGUCUAAAAACCCUCUGGACAGGCCCAGUUUGAUGGACGUCCUGCAGGCUGCUGCAGACGAGCGCCAACACACGGACCAAGAGCUGUGAAAAGAAAACGAUCGAACCGGUGGUUUAGAAACGGCACUGAUACCACAGAAGAAGAGCAGCUCUUUGAUUCAUGUCAAUGACGUCAUGCCUCAAGCUCGUGAUGUCACGAUGAGCUGUGACCGAUGCUGAAACAUGAGGAAAAGAUGUCUGAGCUUCUUUUGUUUGUUUCAGUCUGGCAGUUUACGAAGUAAAUACGUGCAUUUUACUUUAGCGAAUCAAAGUAGCCCUUAUUACGCCAAACAAAUCAACACAAAGCUACAGCUAACUACCAAAUUAAACUAAUUUCACAUUUAUAAUUAAAACAGAAAUAUUGGAUAUGAAAUCAUGUUGAAAUCUUUGAUUCUUAUCUGCAAAUGUAGCUCAUUCAUAACCCUAACCCAGAGUUUAUAAAAUCUGGUGGCUCAGCGGAAAAUGUGUUUCCUGUUUUUGGAACAAUAAACCAAAUUUUGGCUCA